AAUUUUCUCUUUUCUAACUCUUCUCUGCUCCUUUAAAUUCUUCUUUUAUUUUAUUAUAUUUUGUUUAGUUUCUUUGGCUUGUCAUAUGCGUCGGGAUGUUACGGAACGCGAACUGUGCCACACAUUUGUCGGUACAACAUUUUUCUGUGUCUUUCACUGUAAAAAUAAUACCAAAUAUGUCAACUAAUAUUGCUCCAACUAUUGAAAAAGGCGCUAAAACAGUAAGAAAAUCUAAAGGAAAGGGAAAAACUGCGAAGACUAUCACUAGAAGUGCCCUAACGUCUCCGUAUGCCAUUGAAUGGCCGCCGCUCCCAAGUGGCGUCACUCCAGAUAUUUUAUCUGAAAUCCAGAGAACAUUUCAGCCUUUGCAAUGCCUGCUUGGAAAACGAAGAUGCAAGAAUCGGAAACAGACCAAGAAACGAAAGGCAGAGAUGGAGAGCAACCCAGAGAGGAAGGAAGAAGAACAGAGGAGAUCGGCCUUGAGGUCACAACUUGCUUUUGGGGUCAAUGAGGUCACCAGAUCGUUAGAGAAAGAUCAGCUCCAGCUAGUCUUGGUUUGUCGCUCAGCUAAGCCUGACCUUAUGACCUGUCAUCUCCCGACCCUCAGUGCAACUCGAGGUUGCCCUGCCAUGGCAGUCUUCCAUCUCAGUAAUACCUUAUCUCCUCUCUUGAACAUGAAGACCGUCCUAGCCAUAGGUUUCAAGAAACCUUCUAAUGGAGCCAACCAAGACUUUGCAGGCAUUGUGUCAUAUGUCAGUGGGAAGUGUCCUGCAAUCAAGGUUCCUUGGAUGGACCUCAAGCACCUACCCCUUGAGGAACUGGCUGCAGAAUUGUCCAAGGGAGUCUUCAGCUAUCAGAGGAACUCUGUGAUUGAUGCAGCUGUCAAGGAAACACAGCAGGGCAAGAAAAAUGAGUCAGAUACUACAAGUGCAGCUACAGAGACCAGUGAGACCGAUGCAGGUGCUUCUGAGGAAACAGUUCUCAAAGACUCACAAAGGGAAGAAGAAGAACCUCAGCAGGGAACGACUGAAAGGACGGAUGGUAAUGGCCUCUGCAGAGAUGGCGGAAGCAUGAUGGAUGAAAAUGCAGGAACGACCAAGGAGAGAGUUGGGGGGACUGAGGAUAAACUGUGCCAAAAUGAGGACUCUGAUGAUGAGCUCAAGGGUACCGAUAGACAGCCACAAGCGACAAAGAAGAGAAAGCUAUCCAAAAUAUCCACCUCUCCUGGCAAAGAUGAUACCAAGAGCAAGAGGAACAAGACUGCAAAGAUGCCUUUCCAGUCUACCAGUGUUAUGCAUGUCAAGAUUAUCAGUAAAGACUUGAAAGGAAAGAAGGGCAAGGGUAAAAGAGGUAAAAAGAAGUGAAUGAACAAUAAUGGCAACAGUCAUCCAACUACGAUGGAAAACGCAAUAAAAACCAUAAAAGAUGCUUUCUGCUGGAUUCAGCCAAACGUUCACUGUGAAGAAAUUGUCCAGGGUUAUUGAAAAGGAUCUGUUUACCUUUGAUCCCCAUUUACAAAGGUAAAAGAGGUAAAAACAAGUGAAUGAACAAUAGUGGCAACAGUCAUCCAACUACGAUGGAAAACGCCAUACAAACCAACAACAAUAACAACAGUACAUAAGAUGCUUCCUGCUGGGUUCAGCCAAUAUUGUCCAGGGUUAUUGGGAAGGAUCUGUUUACCUUUGAUCCCCAUUUACAACAGCUUUACAGCUUCCAAGAGGGUUGGUGAAUGAGGAGUUGAGGACCAAAGCAACUUUGCAUAUAUGGAAAGUAUGCAUUGAAAGAUUUAUUACCCUUUUGGGUAACUUUAUCUGGGAACAAUAGCCAACAGUAAUUUAAAAGAAUGACACUAUCUUAUUUUAAAGAAAGAAGAGUUUGAUAUCUUUGCAUACAAUACCACUGCUUACCAGUGCAUUUUGCAACUUUCACUUUUGAUUCGGCCCCUGAUGUACUGCUCAUCCCAUGGCUGCAAAAUCAUAACAAAUAUGGUAUCAUUUAAAAAAUGAAUAAACACACUUUCUAUUGAUACUAAACAAAGCGAUGCUCAUUGAGUUUCCAAACUUUUAUGAGGGGCUUAUAUCUUUCCGAUGACUCAAUGUUAUACAAGUUUUAACAAAGUAUUAUUUGAAUAAACUUCAUCGAGCUUCUUUUAUGUAGUUAGAUUUGGCUUAAUUGCUACACCUAAUUUUCAACCAUAUGCUUACUUUAAAGAUACUAUGUCACUUUUGCAGCCAACCUCAAAUUCUGUAGAACUUAUGAAUAGAACUGCGGGAAUUAUGGAUAUGUCAUGUAUGUCCUAUAUGUGCAAUUUAAACAUUAGCAGUGUCCUAGUAUUCAAAUUAUGCAAGGCAACUGUUUACCUCACUG